UUGUUGGGUUAUCUUUCUUCUUCUUCAAUCGAUAUCUUCAAUCAUUAAUUUCAGAGUUUGAAAUUGUUGAGUUCUUUGAAUUAAGGAAGAAAUUGCGAUUUAUGGCUCUAUAUAGAUGAAUUAGCAGAUUCGGUAGUUUUUUUGUUCUGUGAUUUUGGUUUUGUUGGCUUGAUUGUAGAAUGUUGGAGAUAUACUCUGUCUUUGGUGAGUGGAAAAUUAAUGACAAGCUUCAUUGGAGAUUCUUCGUUGAUACAAACAAAGGUGGAUGUCUUUGUGAAGUUUCUGAGAAUAUCACUUACAAGGAUUUAAUGAAGAUUGUUUUUGAAGAUUUCGGACUUGAUGGUCUAGUUAAAGAGAUUUCACUCAGCUAUGAACUUCCAAAGAUGAAAUUAAUUGUAGAAGAUUCUCCUCCUAUCUUCAUUCGCAAUGACCGCCAAGUCUGCACUUUUAUCAGGAAGAUACAAGAAAAUCCUGAGAUAGGACGUUUGUGUGUAUCGGAAUUUGAUCAAUCAUUUGGUAGUGAUAUCUCAGUUUCUAAGCCACUUGGUGAUACAUGUUCAACCGCUGAAAAAGCAAAGAACAAUAAUUCAUUUGCCUUGCCUGCUGAUCGAGAUCCUAUUCUGAUCUCUGCAGGAAGUUCACAUACGACUGCACAUGAAACACACAAGGAACUUAAUCGGUCUAUUGGAAGUGAUGUUUCUACGACACAUAAUGAUAUAGAAAUCUCAACAGCUGAAAAAGGAAUAGGAUCUUUUUUAGAGAAUUUGGUUCCUGCUCCAGAUCUCUCUCCUAUAUCUAUGGUAGGUUCACAUUCAACUCGAGGGGCUGAUGAUAUAUAUGUGGACAGAUAUUUCAAGAACAAGGAAGAGUUGAUGUUCAAGAUGAGAAACUGGGCACUUGAAUGGAGGUUUGAGUUCAGAGUUCGAUGGUCAAACAAAACGAGAGUUAUUUUGGGAUGUGUUGAUGAUAAAUGCAGUUGGCAAUUGCGUGCGACUAGGCUAAAAUCAUCUGAAUUCUUUGUGGUGAAGAAGUAUUGUCAUGAACACAAUUGUGACACAACCCACAGGAAUGCCAACCAUAGACAAGCAACUGCAAAGUUGCUUGGGAGUUUUUACUGCAACAACUAUGGAGAAAAGAAAGUUGGUCUCAAACCAAAACAGAUUAUGGAAUUGGCCAGAAAAGAUCAUGGAGUAUACAUACCAUACAAAAAAGCCUGGAGAGCAAAAGAGGAAGGUCAGAAUUUGGUUAGAGGCACUGCUGAGGACAGUUAUUUACAUCUAGCGAAAUGGUUGUACAUGGCAAGGGAAAAAAAUCCAGGAACAGUUGCUUAUCUUGAGUUGGAUCCUAUGAAGAAUUUCAAAUACGUAUUCAUCUCAUUUGGCCAGUCGAUUAGAGGUUUUUCUUUAAUGAGAAGAGUGAUUGCUGUUGAUGGUACAUUCCUAAAAGGAAAGUAUAAGGGAACUUUGCUAGCAGCUACUGCACAAGAUGGAGAUUAUCACUUAUACCCGAUAGCAUUUGCCAUUGUUGAUUCAGAAAAUGAUAUUGCAUGGAAUUGGUUCUUCAGGUGUUUGCUCACUAUCAUCCCUGAUGCACCAGAUUUGGUAUUUGUUUCUGACCGUGCUUCAUCCAUUGAAAAAGCAAUCUCAGAAUUGUAUCCAGCAUCCCAUCAAGGCAUUUGCAAUUUUCAUCUCAAAAACAACAUCAAAGUAAAGUUCAAGAGUAAAAGCUUCUUGCCUCUUGUCGAAUCAGCAGCUAAUGCUUUUACGUUUCAUGAGUUUGAAGGUGCUUUUAGGGAUAUACAGAAUUCUAAUCCAAAACUGGCCAAGUAUUUAGAAGAAGCUGAUUUCAGGAAGUGGGCUCGUUGUUAUGCACCAUCUAACCGCUACAAUAUUAUGACAACCAACAUUGCUGAGUCAUUGAAUUCUAUGUUAAAGGAUCCUCGGGAGCUGCCAGUGAUUUCACUUCUUGAGACAAUCAGGAUAACCCUUACAACAUGGUUUCAUGAGCGACGGGAAAAAGCUGCCAAACACAACAAGCGUGCUACACCAAAUGUUACAGAUAAGAUAAUAUUAAGCUUCAGUAAGGCAAUGAAACUAGAUGUUUUUCAAGUGGAUCAACAUGACAUUGAGGUCAAAGAUGAUAGGAAUAAGUUUGUUGUUCACCUAAAGAACAAGACUUGUACCUGCCGUUUCUUUGACAUUGAAAGGAUUCCUUGCAUUCACGCCAUUGUUGCUGCAAAGCGUACAAACAUGGAUGAAUACAAACUGGUUGAUCAUUUCUAUUUGACAGAUAUUUGGGCUAAAGCAUAUGCUGAGAGCAUUCAUCCAAGUGGAGAUGUGAAGAAUUGGGUAUUUCCAGAUGCAGUAGCUGAAUACUUCUGUGCUCCACCACAAACUAGGAUAAAGAGUGGGAGACCGCCAAAGAAGAGAAAGAGAUCAGUUGGAGAGUUUGGUGUACCAGGUUCUAAAUCUCAAAAUCAUAAGUGCAGCAGAUGUGGUAAUGAAGGACAUAAUAAAAGUACUUGCAGAUUCCCAAUAUGA